AUGCCUGAAUCAAAAUUGAAAGUAUAUGUAAAAGCACGUUUCGAUGUUAUUUGGGAAAAGCUUUUAGAUAAAAUUUAUCAUCCUGAAAAAUAUGUUGAUAGAAUAAAAAAUGUUGAUAUUUUAGAAGAUGCACCUGAUCAUGUUUUAAGACUUAUUCAUUUUAAUGAUUCAACAUGGCAAGAGUUAAAAGAAUUAAUUGUUCAUGAUAAAUCGACUGGUAUUAUUGUUUAUCGUUUAGUUGAUCAUCCAUAUUUUGAAGGUGAAACAGUAAAUAUUUGUGGAGCAACAAAUGAAAUUUAUCAUUUAGAAUUAGAUUAUGAAAUUAAUUGGAAAUUAAAAAAUUCAGCUAAUCAUGAAUCUAAUGAACAAAAAGAUAUUUCACAAAAAGCAUUACAAAUAGCCAUACAACAAAUGAAAGUUGUUUCAGAAGAAGCAGAAGCUGUUUACAGACAAAAUUAA